GGGAGAGAUAUCUGCCCUCAUUUUCCUCUCCAGCACCUAUGAAGCCGUCUGCAGGCAUUGUGAUCUUAUAGCAUGAAAAGGCUCUGCAAGGUGAAGUGGUUUUCCUUUAUGAGGAUGGUGGCUUCUUCUAUCUGAAAGAGCUUAAUAAAUGAACAUGACAAUUUAUAUCAUAUGUGGAUUCCAUCAUUACUCUAUCAGAAGAAGAUGUCCCUGGCCUUAGCUUGAUCAGAAGCUGUUCUUUCAGCAUUGGAUUCAACCGAGUGCUAUGCCACACUAAAUACUCCAAAUAUUACGUUGGCAUGUCAAUUUAUGAGAUAAAUACGGAUGCAAAUAAUACAAAUUGGUUCAAUAACCAAUC